AACACAUGAUGACAUGACUCAUAGUCAUAGUUUGUCGUUAUAGAAAACGACGUCGUUGGCCCAUUCAAAAUCAUAAUUAUUCUCCCAAUUCAACAAUUGAUAAAGUGUUUGAUCUUCUUCUUCAUUUGCGAUUACAAGCCCUAGCAGCUGCUGAUCAUCUUCUUCUUCAUCAUCAUCAAAGUUACAUAUAACCAACAAGAUGUCUGGCCAGGGUCAGCGUUUGAACGUGGUUCCAACUGUUACAGUCCUCGGAGUCAUCAAGGCUCGUCUCGUUGGCGCAACCAGAGGCCACGCUCUUCUAAAGAAAAAAAGUGACGCUCUAACCGUCCAAUUCCGAGCCAUUCUAAAAAAAAUCGUAGCAACAAAAGAAGCAAUGGGAGACAUCAUGAAAUCCUCUUCGUUCGCAUUAACCGAAGCAAAAUACGUAGCUGGUGACAACAUCAAAUACACCGUCAUCGAAAAUGUCAAAACCGCAUCUUUAAGAGUAAGAUCCCGUACCGAAAACGUUGCAGGCGUUAAGCUCCCGAAAUUCGAGUAUUUCACCGAAGCCGAGACAAAAAACGAGCUGACCGGGCUAGCAAGAGGCGGUCAACAAGUGCAAGGGUGUAAAACCGCUUAUGUGAAAGCGAUCGAGGUGCUCGUGGAGCUUGCAUCUCUUCAAACGUCGUUCUUGACCCUUGAUGAAGCGAUCAAGACUACUAACCGCCGGGUCAACGCUUUAGAGAGCGUGGUCAAACCAAAGUUGGAAAACACUAUAAGUUACAUCAAAGGGGAGCUUGAUGAACUCGAAAGAGAAGAUUUCUUUAGGUUGAAGAAGAUUCAAGCUUUUAAAAAAAGGGAGAUUGAAAAGCAGAUGAAAGAAUCUAAAAAGUUUGCUGAAGAACAAGCUGCUGAAAAUCUUUCUUUACAAAGAGGAAUUUCUAUAGAUGCUGCAAAUAACAUGCUUUCAGCUACUCACAAAGAUGAUGACAUCAUAUUCUGAAAGGGAGGUUAGGGGGGGGGGGGAUAGUGCACGGUCCUCCCAACCGCCGGAGUGAUGAUGACAUCAUAUUCUGAAAGGGAGGUUAGUUUUUGUGUUAUGCAUCUUAUGUUAUUCCUGCUGGGAGUUUUAUACUUUGUUACGUAAAUUAUGUCUACGUUUUAUUUUGGCGGCCUUUGCAUGUUACCGCUUGUAUGUGUGUCUAUACAAUGUGUUAUCUGUUCCUAGUAUACGGUUUUUAGUAACCUUACUAAGACGUUAUUUUAGCGUACUUUGUUUUUCUGCGUUGUUUAAUUUGUGUGUAGCUAUGUAUGUUUUGAAUUUAAGUUUUGUAUACGUAUAUGACUUUUGGAGUAGGGAUCCUGCUCAGACCCUACUAA